CAUAACCGAAUGCAAAACAAGCCGCAUUUUUAUCAACCAGACCCGGCCCUGCCCUAGCUAUUUCCCUCUCAACCCCCAUCCCCUUCGUCCCUAUCAAGACCGCGAUGGCCAGUGGAUUAACGCUCCCUCGCCGACCCGGCGCCAACCGUGCCUGAGUAGAAUAUAUAUAUAUAGCUGAAAGGCCAUCGCACCAGCAUAAAAAGAGGACACCUUGCCCCCCCUCAUCUCAUCUCUUCUCUUACCACCAUACCAAGCAAGAAUAAUGGUCAUGGCGUUGAUCUCUCUUCUCCCAUGGCUACAGAACUGCCUCUCCUUCCUCUUCUCCGUCUUCACCACUAUCUUCCUUUUGUUCUCUCUGCUACUUCUAUUACUGAGAUCCCGGCCGUGGUGCAACUGCCACGUCUGCAAGGCCUAUCUGAGCUCGUCGUGGACCGGCGAGUUCACGAACCUCUGCGACUGGUACACCCACCUCCUCCGCCAAUCGCCUACCCGGACCAUCAAUAUUCAUGUGCUCGGUAACACGGUCACCGCCAACCCCGAUAACGUGGAGUACAUGCUCGCGACACGGUUCGCCAACUUCCCCAAGGGGAAGCCCUUCUCGUCCCUCCUCGGCGACCUCCUCGGCCGCGGCAUCUUCAACGUCGACGGCGAAUCGUGGCAGUUCCAGCGCAAGAUGGCUAGCCUUGAGCUGGGGAGCGUCUCCGUCCGCUCGUACGCCUUCCACAUCGUCUCCGCCGAGGUCCGCCGCCGCCUCAUCCCCCUCUUCACCUCCGUCUCCGACGGCGGCGGCGCCGCCGCCGCCGCCGCCGCCGCCGGCGUCAUCGAUCUCCAGGACGUGUUCCGGCGCUUCGCCUUCGACAACAUAUGCAAGAUCUCCUUCGGGCUCGACCCGGGCUGCCUGGAGGCGUCGCUGCCCAUCUCGGAGUUCGCGGCGGCAUUCGACACCGCAUCGAGGAUGUCGGCCCUGCGGGGGACGGCGGUGGCGCCGGCGGUGUGGAAGCUGAAGCGGCUUCUGAACCUGGGCUCGGAGAGGGAGCUGAAGCGGGCCAUCCGGCUGGUCGACGAGCUAGCCGACGAGUUGAUAAGACAGAGGAGGAAGCUGGGAUACGCCUCCAGCCACGAUCUCCUCUCCAGAUUCAUGUGCUCGGUCAACGACGACCGCUACCUCCGCGACAUAGUCAUAAGCUUCUUGCUGGCCGGCCGCGACACGGUUGCGUCCGGCCUCACCUGCUUCUUCCUUCUCCUCUCCAAGCAUCCAGAAGUAACAGCCGCCAUUCGAGACGAGAUAGCCGACGUCAUCGGAGGCAGCGGCGACGACGAGUUGGCGAGCUUCGAGCAGCUGAAGAAGAUGCACUACGUCCACGCGGCCAUGUACGAGAGCCUGCGGCUCUACCCCCCGGUCCAGAUCGACUCCAAAUUCUGCGUCGAGGACGACAUGCUCCCCGAUGGGACCUUCGUGAGGAAGGGGACCAGGGUGACGUACCACCCCUAUGCCAUGGGGAGGAUGGAGAGAAUCUGGGGACCCGACUGCGAGGAGUUCAAGCCGGAGCGGUGGCUUCGCGACGGAAAGUUCGUGCCGGCGAGCCCGUUCAAGUACCCGGUGUUCCAGGCCGGGCUCCGGGUAUGCCUCGGGAAGGAGAUGGCUCUCAUGGAAAUGAAGACCGUCAUCGUGUCGGUGGUUCCAAGAUUCGACGUCCAGGUGCUCGAUGCGGGCCGAUCGCCGAAGUUCGCCCCCGGGCUCGCUGCAUCGAUCGACGGCGGGCUGCCAGCUCAGGUGCGGCGGAGGAGCUCAGGCGAGCAAACCCCGGCUCACGGUGCAUGUUAGCAGUAUUACCAGUAUAGUGUUGGUCCCGUGGUGGGAGAUCUUAUGUACAGAGAAAGGCAGGAGAACUUUAAUAAUUUUAUCAGUGGUGUCUGUCUGUGUGCAGACAUGAACUUAGCAAGAAGAAAGUAUGACUUUCCAGGGCUUGUUGCAGUCAAGGAAAGAUAGGGAUGUGUGUUUCCAUUGAUGGGUGGUGAUGGGGGACUGCACCAGGGUGGAAGUAAAGGCCAGUUGAGAUGGCUGAACUCUGGGAUUUCAGUGUCAGACAGAGUAAUUGGUCAUUGUGUACGUCUUGACUCAGCCAGCACAAGGUUCCCACCUACCUCCCACUCCCCACCCAUGGUUUAAAGUUUCAUUAAUGAAGUUGAUGCAUGCAAAUGCCGCAUGCAUACAUAAUUUUUAUUCAUAUAUAGCAAAGUCCAUCAUGUUACUGCUAGUAGAUAUUUUCAGAUCUAUAUGCUUUGCAUGACUC